UCUGGCACGGCAAGCGCUUUGAGUCAACGAUGCUGGUUGUACGCUACUUAAUCGCCCUGGUCUUCUCCGUCUUCGUGAUGGCCACGUCGCUGCGCGUCGAGAAGCGCUACGGAAGGGAUGCGGACUACAAGAUCUCAACACCCGAUCGAUUGGUCCUCCAGAUGAGCAGCAAAUUGGAGCGAAAGCAGCUGGAGCCCAGACGCCUGGGCAUAUGA